GUGGUGUCGUUAUCCAGGCCCAACCGCUAUUCUCGAGGCCGAACCCAACGAUUUGUAAAAAAAGAUAGCCAACUAUUUGUUGGUUUGAAGAGGCACCUUUUGCCUGUCUUGUCCCCAUGGAUUCCCGAUGCUGUCUGGUUUCAGAAGUAGCGUAGAACCACUUUGGGAAGCACCUUGCUCUGUUCCUGGCUUCGAGCGAGUUUGGUGCCGCUCGGACUAUCGGGCGGUUGGACGGUUUCUUCCCUCGCAAGUGCCACGAACGCUAGCUCUCAUGAAAGGUUGAGAAAUGCCGUCGACCGUAGUCAGCCCGCACAAUGGCAGCGCGGGCCUGGAGGUCACGCUGGCUGAGGUUCUGGCCGCGCGCCAGUCUCCGCUCAGCGACUCCGACCUGUGGAGCGUGCUGUUCGCCUCCUGCCACAGCCUGGACACGCGCAUGCAGUCGGACAGUACGACGUGGCGCAACGGCCCCACGCUGCAGAUCACGCCGGACAACACCAUGCUGUCGCAUCAAGGCGCAAUCUCGUUCAACAAGGGAGCACAGGACCGCAAGAAGCCAGGCACGUUUGCCCCGUCCGAGUUUCUCUCCCCAUCGCGCGGUCAGGGCAGAACUGCUGUCGAAAAGAUGUACAUUUACUCACUAGGGAUGACGCUGUACUCGGCAGCCGACUUCAAUGUGCCUGAUGGACAGGAAAUGAAUUUAAGUGAGGAGCUAGAAACGACACUGCUGAAUAUGUGUGAGGACACGGCGGAUCUGCGACCAAGCCUGGCUGACAUCAUGCAAGCAUGCCGCGGACACUGUACGGAUAGCUACGAGCAGUGCAUCAUGUCCUUGGUGUCUGUUGUCCUUGGGAGCUUCACGAACUCGCUUGAUCGGGUAAUGAAAGCCGGUGAGGAGGAUCAGGCGGGCAGCUUUUCCGAGAUACCACCCUACACUGCAGGACGCCUUCCAGAAGGGUUCAUUUCGCCGGAGCGGGACAGUGUGUUUCCUGCACCUGCAGUGGCAGUAUCACCACCAGGUCGUAUGCAGCCACCGCAGCACCAGCCCGUGCAGCAGCCAAGGCGAGAGAGCGGCUACGCGUCUGCUUCGCUGACCAACUCAAACGAGUCCAGUCACCUGAGGUCGGCAGUUGUAGCGCAGCAACCUGUGGCGGGAGUGGCACCGGUGGGACAGUGGAAGCCUGCCGCUAAGCAGCUUCAAGCAAUGACCAGCACCAGUUCUGAGGAUGAAGCAUACACUGGUCGUCAUCCUAGGCAGGUUCGGAAAGACAGCUUAGACGUGACACGCAUUCACAGUGCCAAGAGCUCUCACAAGAAGCGAUCGCCGAAAGCUCAGCCUCGGCCGCAUUCCAAGAAUUACCCUGAAGGUGGUAGCCGAUUCAGUGGGUCGCAUGUAACUCAGAGAUCAUCAAUGCCAGACUCCAGCAAUAGUGGUGUUGGAAAUGAUCAGUCUUUAUCUUCUGUGUACCCAUCAGCUCGUCAGAUGGGUAAUGGUGGCCACCAGCAAUUUAGUGAUCCCAUGAUUGUUCCCAUAAGUCCUCUAUUCAAGGUAUUGCCAUCACCAAUGCAGACUUCUAGUACCACCAUUGAUGGUCCAGUACCCGAGGAAGUCAAUGCUUCUGUUUCAGCAGUCGUGAGUCCUGCUCAGCCACAGGAACUUGCUGGAUUUUCAUCGCAGAUAGCCCGCGAAGCACUCCGCCGUACCGAGAGUAGAGAUCAGGCAAAGUUCAACGCCCAGCUGCACAGUCUCGAGAAGAACCCUGGGCGAGGAGCGUCGCACCGUGUCCUGGACAAUAUCCUCCACUAUGAUCCCCAUGGUAACGAGGCAGACGCUAACCCGGUGAUGCGGCAUGCAUUGCUCAACUCCAUGCUAGGCGAUGAGAAUCCGACGACGUCGAGAGACGCCACUGGUGUGUUCGUGGGCGAUACCGUGCAGGUGAGGGGCAUGGACCAUGCACCUAAGGCAACAGAAACUAUCCCCGAGGAGCGGCCGUCUUCAAUAGUGUCAGUGACAAGUGCCGUUGCUUCGAGUUCCGCUGCCCGAACCAAUGGCUCCGUGCACAGCCCCAGAGUCCUGCAAACGGAUGAAGAGGAGGCUGAGCAGCGAUCAAUGGAACACAAAGACAGCUUGAUGAUGGAGAAGAUGUACAGUGUUCAGACAGCCAAGCGGGAAGCCAGGGAAGCCAAGAAACGCGAUCUCUCUCCUGUACCAUCAGAGUCGACAAUGCCCACCUCCACGAGUUCGUCUCCAGAGCAGAGGCAACAGAUCUUGUCCUCGAAAGCAACAACACCGUCACAAUCUGGUGCAGUGGAGAUAGCCGGCAAGCAGAGCAAGCCGGGAUCACUUGCGUUGAGCCGCACUGUAUCACCGGCAAGUGGUGGCAGCGACGAUGUGUUCGACGAUGACCGAGGCUUCUUGCCCACCAGCCCCAAGGACUUCUUCCAGCGCGAACGCGCCGAAUCCAUCACCAAGCUCAAGGGCUUCUUUGGUGCGGACUUCAGCAAGUUUGACGACGGGGAAAAGCGACGGCCCAGCAACCUGGAGGAACGCCCACUCCAUGUAACCAUCAAAAGACAUGACCGAGUGUCGGUGUUCAACAUGGACAUGCCUCCUCAGCGACGGUCAGUAACCGUGGUACUGCUUGAUGGCAAGCAGCUCUCUGUCUAUGUGGAGAUUGAUUCUACAGGUCAGGAGGUGUUUGACCAGGUUGCAUCGUAUCAAGCCAUCAAUGAAGUCCAAUACUUUGGGUUGACCCAUCGACGCCAACCUGAAGGUGAAGAGGUGUUUCUUGACCUGGAUUUGAAGCUGAAGAAGUACGCGCCGAAGAAGUGGCUAAGCGAGAACCAGUCAGGACCACUGCAGCAGUUUACCACCUACUUUCGAGUGAAAUUCUUCGUCAACAACCUCACCUUGCUGAAACACUCACAGACUGUUCAGCUCUACUAUCUGCAACUAAGAGAAACACUGAAGAACGGCAAGAUCUACUGCCCGGAGGACCGUGCCCUGCAUCUGGCAUCCCUGGCACUACAAGCUGAGAUUGGUGACCUGAGGUCUGACAUGGCCCGUCAGAAGUACUUCCUGCCAGAAGCGUUUCUACCUCAUAUGGCUGUGCAGCGUUUGACUAACGAAGAGUUACACAAUCGGCUAACUGCACUGCACACCUCUCACAAAGGAGCUAGUCACCGACAAGCACAGACCAAGUUUGUUGAACUGGCCCGAGAGCUACAGGAGUAUGGUAUAGUGUUCCACCGGGUUCGCCGCAGCAAGCAUGAGUCACCACCGAGCAUGUCCAUUGGCAUCUAUCUUGGAGGUGUGCUCCUGACUAUGGCAAUGAAGCACAAUGAGAGACAGAAGUUGCACAGGUUCAGCUGGCAAGGCAUCGACAAUCUGCUUUUCAAGAAAUGCCGGUUCACAAUCGUGCCACGCCAGAGACCGAAUCACCAGCACUUGGACAAUGUGACAGUGUGGACUGAUCAUUACAAAAUGUCCAAGUAUUUGAUCGCCCUGUGCAAAUCAUUCCAUGACUUUAGCCGAAAGUUGCGACUGAAGAACGGCAUGGUGAAUCCUCCAAGACAGUCAACGCGCAUCAUAUCUCAAGUUAUUCCUGAAGACCAAGAAUCAGUUACCUCACCUGACACCGAAGGACGAUUUAGUAGCAGUUACUCCCCUCCGGCGGCGCCACCCAAUACAUUGGAAGAUCCAACGCUUUUCGUGGCAGGGAGCGAUGAGGCAUCUCCUCCGGACUUCGAGACCCAAAGAUUUAUGAAACGUGACGAGAGUAUGUCAGAAAUGAAGUUGAAGGGCCUGUCCAGCAUUCCCCUCAGCCAAAUGGAGCACUACACGGUUACACUGAUCAAGAAUCCAAAAUACGGCCUUGGUCUGCUGAUUGUUGGUGGUACGGACACGAGUCACUCGGGCAUCCUGGUCAAGAAGCUAACACCGAACAGUGCAGCGUACAAGUGUGGUGAAAUACAGCGAGGCGACCGUCUUUUGGCGGUGAACGGCAAAAGCCUGGACGGCCUCACUCAUCAGGAGGCGAUCAACCUGCUGUUAGAGUCACCUCCAAGCUGUACCCUUCGAAUGGCCAGAGUCACGUCAGCACUGAUUGGACCUUACUUGUUUCAGUCAGAUGAUGCGCUGAAUUUUCACAUCUCCGAGGAGAGCAUACAAUCUCCAUCACCGCAGGUGCAGCUGCACUCGACACCGCACCCGGACCGCGGACCCAGCGGUCGGGACCAGGAUGAGCUCUUGGAGACGUCCAGGAUCAUCGCCAGCACUCCGGUCGCCGGAGCACAUGUUGUGCAAGUGAACACCGAUGCCAGCACCCCUGGUCCCAUGGAAGGCAACAAAUCAGUCACCUCAUUGCUUUCCGGAAUUGCCGACUAUGGCCAUGGAGACCUUGUGCAAUUCACAGUGCACUUGACCAAGGAUGGCGGUACUCUGGGUAUAGCCAUUACUGGUGGAAUUGACACACCAACUCAGGGCGGAGGUGUUUACAUUCGAAGCAUCAAUCCGAACGGGCCGACUGGCAAGGAUGGCCGCCUUCAAAUUGGUGAUCGGAUUCUUCUUGUCAACAAGAAGAGCACAGUCAACAUCACACACAAAGAGGCGUUUGAAAUGCUGAAGAAUGCGCCCAAUGACGUGUACAUUCUGGUGGAGAGGGCGGUGUUGCCUGCCUCUCAGCGAUCCAGUGUUGUUCUACCAGAACCCGGCAAGAAGUAUGAACUGGUAGUGAUCAAGAGUGGUCAAAGUCUUGGAUUCACUAUUGCCAAGGACAGUACUGUCAACGGAGCUCCCAUCACUGUCCGAGCCAUACUUCCUGGCGAGACUGUAGCAAUGACUGGCAUGCUGUCAACUGGAGAUUAUCUACUUUCAGUCGACAAUCACUCGUUGGAAGGGUGCACGCUUGCAGAGGCUGUGAGAGUACUUCGCGGUACCUCUGGUGAGGUCCGCCUGGUGUUGCAGCGACCCGAGCUCAGUGGCUAUCUGGAGAGCCCAACCACACCACUGAUAUCGUACACGGAUCUUCAUGAGCCCGAUGGCAAACCCCAAUCCGAGCAGACAGAUUACGUGCCUUCAGACCGCAGGGAAGACGUGUUUGAGGUUGUUGUCGAGAAAGGAGACAAGCGCCUCGGUUUGAUCAUCUUCAAGGAUGCAAAUCAUCCCUCCGGCUUAGCCCCAGUUGUAAUCCGCACAGUUAGUCCAAACCAGGCUGCAGCUGCCACGGGCAAGAUCCAAGAGAAUGACAUCAUUGUCCAGGCCAAUGGCAGAUCUCUGGAAGGUAUAUCUCAGGCCGAAGCCACAGGCAUUCUGCGCAGCGUACCUUCAACAGUGAAGCUACUCAUCAAGCGUAUUGCCCCAGGCACUGCACAAACAGAGCAACGUACCACUCCCCACCUUCCAGCGCUAGCAGAGGAUACUGUCCCGGAGCAAGCUGCUGUUCAACACAGCCAACAGGAAAUGCGACUCUCUCGCGAGGGCACUCCCAGUCCUGUUAAGGAUGUUGAGCCCGCACCAGCUGUGCCCAGCUCUGAACCACCUCCGCUACCGGACACAGAGAGACCGGAGUUCUCUGACUUUGUUUCGGACACUGAGGACGAUGAAGCGGGACCGUCACUGAAUGACUCGUAUGUGGCUAGGGCCAAGUGGCCACCUGGAGAAGUGAUAGCAGUGACCGUGAUGAAGGGCGAAAAGGGACUUGGAUUCUUGGUGCAGCAGGAGCAUGGAAACUGUUGUUUCAUUCGGCGCAUCGUGGAAGGUCCUAUACUUGACAAUGGGCAGCUGAAACCUAAAGACUUCCUGGUUGAGGUCAAUGGUGUGUCACUGAUUGAUAUGACGAAGGCGGAUGUGACUGGGGUGUUGAAGAAAGUGUCCAACCCAAUCACCAUGACCGUCGUACGACCGAAGGCAUCGUCAGUGGACUACAACUCACAAGACAGUAUUCCGACCACACCACCAGCGGCACGGCGCACCGACUCGCCGGCUCUAGUGAUCAUCGAGCCGCCGAGCACCUCUGCUGCUGGUGCAGGUGGCGUGCAAGCCGUUACACCUGAACGCCUGCGACGCUUGUCACCCGUACCACCAGCACACCUGGUGGACCGUAACUCUCAGUCGUCGCCCAUGACAGCCGACAGCCUGAGUCCACUGGCCAAGUCAAUGGAGCAGUCAACUAGCUCCUUGUCCCUUGCUACCGAGGUUGCCAUACAGUAUGUGCCAUUGCCAGGACAAGAUGAAGGUGCAGAGAAGACUACAGUGAUUCUUCACAUCGAUCUGAUGAAGCCACCCUCCGGAGCCCUGGGACUGAGACUAAGUGGUGGAGCAGACAAAGACGAUGUGCCGAACGGCGUCUAUGUCCGGUCGGUUGUGGAAGGCACUAUAGCACAUAGCGAUGGUCAGCUCCGCGUCAAUGACCGUGUGUUGGAGGUCAACGACCAGCCACUGGCAGGGCUGAGGCAUGCCAGGGUUGUGCACUUACUCCGGCGUGCCAGCGGGCGCAUACAAUUCAAGAUAGCCAGGUUCAGAGUAAACGAGUCAAGUGCGAUGCCGUCCAUAAAACACGUAGAUGAUACCGUUCCAGAUGGUGUACCGGCCAAGACAGCCGAUUUACCGGCGAAGCAAUUAGACUUUGUAAAACUUGCAGCAGCUCCAGAUCCAGGCACCAGCGCAACAAGCACGAUCAGUGCCCUAGAAGAGGAGCGUGACAGCUCAGACGAUCUGGAAACAACAGCGGCCGAGUCCGAGAGCGAGUUCUCUGAUUUUGAUAGCAACCCCCUGUUGGACGACGAGGAUGCUCCGCCACUGCCUGAUACCCCGGAAAUGGGUGCAAACAUCAGGGCGGUGUUGAAACGUCUGAGCACAGGUGGGGAUGAGUAUGAUAUUAGACCUGAGCAGAUUCACUCUCCCUUGGUGGAUCCGUCGGAGCUGAUGAACCCGGCCUCGUUGAAGUUGACUUUCUCACCGGCACUAGCUGCGGGAACAGCAGGUAUGGCAUUGACUGUUCCACCACAGCCAGCAGAUGCUGGGUCAACUCCUUCUAGUCCGGCACCACCACUACCUGAAGGAUCGCCGCCAACCACUCCGGAGACCGAGGAACCGUCACUUCCUCAAUCAUUACCACCGGAUGAAGAUGAUCCACUGUCACGGCCGUCGGUAAAAGAUUUAUCUCCCAACAUCAUCCCUGUCACCAGUCCAACAAGAAUUGAUGAUCCCCUGCGAAGGAUAGAUGCAACAAAGCACAGCAAUGCUCCGGGAAGAUACUCAGGAAGUCACGUGCUCAGCGGCAGGACUCAACCUGAUGCAGAAGAGCGGCAUCGUCACUCGCUCCCGUCUCCUCGCCUUGGUCGCUCCAGCCCAAGCACCCAACGCCGUCACCAACACAAUCACCAUCACCAUGAUCAUGAUCAUGAUGAUGAUACAAGUCAUGUUGACCUGACGCCAAUGACUGCCGAAGAGAAGCUGCGUGCCCUUACCAGUGGCAAGCCCACGGUGAGACGUGUCAACAAAUACUGCAAGUCAUGUAGCACACCACCCAGUUCACCACCACUCAGUAGGAGUAACUCUGAUGCGCUGCUGUCUCCGUUAGCGUCAUCCUCAGCCCUUGUGCCGUCAUCAUCGCCAUCAGUGGUUCGGCGUACGACAUCCGCCUCUAAGACCACCCCGACAGCAGCACAGGGAGGAGCAUCGCCAUCGCUUGCAAGGAGACGUGCAGGACCUGCAUCGUCCCCAUCUCUGAAGCGUAAGACCACGCCGCUAACGCACGAGCAACAGGCCGAGUCGGCAGUGCAUCCGAACGGGCAGAAGUCCUCGGAGCCUAUACUCCGCACUAUCGCGCAGGAACUGCACAGCCCAGCCGUGUCUCCAGCCAGUAAGCGCAAGGCUCACGAACGGCUUACUCAGAACACAUUCUCAACAGCCGCUGCCAGGGCACAGAAACUGCAUCAAGACUCUCAACAGACGCUAUCACCACCCUCACCAAAGACCGUACGUCAUCCUCUUCAUGUUCCACAGCUCAACUUGUCUCCGAUCACAAGGCGAUCUUCGUCGCCGAGAUCGUCUCCCAUGCUACACCGGCAGUCGUUCCCUGCAACACAGCCCAUGGGCUCUCCAAUGCUGGAUCGACCAUCAUCCUGGACCAACGUUGCCAAAACCCUGCCGCCAGGUCUCAUUCGUGUACAAGGCCGUGCACAGCUGUAUACAGGUGACUCCCUGCAGGAGAUCUGCAGAGAGGCCAUGAGCAAACUCAAUGCUGGCACACCCAAUCAACAGUUCGAGGAGUUACGCAAUCGACCAUCACCAUUCAGCAGUAAUACAGGAAAGAACAUCAGAAACAAACAGAGAAACAGAUAUCGCAACAUUGUCGCCUAUGACGACACACGCGUGCACCUCAUGGAACACGACAACGACUAUAUCAAUGCAAACUAUGUCGCUAUCGACGUGGGUCCCAGCGUACAGAACAACUACAUUUGUACACAGGCACCACUACCAGCAACACUCAACCAUUUCUGGUGCAUGAUCUGGCAGCAAAGUGUUAGCACAAUUGUCAUGACAACCAAUCUGGUGGAAAGCGGCACGCUCAAGUGCCACCAGUACUGGCCCAAAGGGAUGGGCGAGUUCUUGAAUGUCGAGUGGCCAGAGAAGUCUGCUAAUCAACCAGGUCAUGAACGUGCAGCGAGGCAACUGGUGGUGCAGUUAGUCGAUGAGAAGCAUUGUGGUGAUGGAAACUGGAUGGAAAGAAAGCUGCUGGUGUCGGAUGUGCAGACGCUGGAGUCGCGGACGGUCACACAACUUCACUAUCUAACAUGGCCAGACCAUGGGGUACCCAAGGAUUCUUCUGCCAUGGUGCGGUUUGUGUGCCGUACUCGGGACAUGCAUCAAACUGGAAGAAUGAUCGUCCAUUGCAGUGCUGGUGUGGGUCGCAGUGGUGCAUUCUGUGUUGUCGACUCGGUCAUCUCACGUGUCAUCAAUGACCAAGAAGUUGAUAUCUAUGCUAUUCUGCGGCAGUUACGCCAGUGCCGUCCUCUCAUGGUGCAAACCAAGGACCAACUUGUCUUCUGCUACCGAGCGUUCAUCGAAAUUCUAAUAUCUAUGAUGCCGGAAAGUUCGGAGUAGAUGCCACAGGGCCACCAUCCUCUUGCCGAAGCAACGUCUUUUUCGAACGUCGUGCUCUUGAAACCCCUGGCAGCUUUCUGCCCUUUGAGAUGCAUGAAGAACUCAAUGUAGUCAUGCAUAAUGUUAAUCUGACAGCUGUCUGGUGUUAGUGAGCCUAGCGAUGCCGAAUUUGGACUUUCUUUGGAUUUCUAUGGAUUUAUUUUUUGAAUAGUCAAUAUGAAUGCCAGCUGUUUUAUGUAUUACCUGUACUUGGUCAAUAAACAGGCGAAUUAUGUUGAUUCUGUUGGGUUUGCAAUUUGGGGUGCUCAGCUGGGAACUUUAAAAAAUAUCUUUACUAUGAAUAGACAGAAGUGUAAAUCAUGCUCUGUACAGCAUAUUCUUGACUUGAAGUUUUUGUAAUUGGGGCCUUGCUCGACUUGUGUGCACCAGUCGCACAUGUAUGUUUUGUUUGGAGCCUUGGCCCUGCCCAUUCGUUGUACAUAUCAAAACACUUUUUUUAUUUGUCUCCGUUCCUGAGGGAACUCAUGGCGGUGGCUAACUGGUCGGAAAUACAGUUGUACUACUUA